AUGUAAAAUUUCAUAUUUUGUUUAUAAAUUAAAAAAUAUAUAAAUAAAUAAAUACAAUUAAUUCUUUCAUAAAUGUCAAACUAGGUCAAAAUAUUCAAGCAAUUAUAAAUUUUUACAAAAUCUAAUUUUACUAAUCACUUUCAUCUCGAAUUGAUUUUAAGAGAUAGUAAGAUUGAUGAGUACAAAGCUAUUAACUUAGGAGAGGCUUUAGGUAAAUGUGUAAAUCUAAUCACUUUAACUUUGGAUUUGAGUUAUAACAAAAUUCGUGAUGUAGGAAUAGCAGGCAUAGUUAAAGAUAUUAAAAAUUGUUCAAAUCUAACUACUUUGAAUAUUUAUUUAAGAGAUACAAACAUCAUGAAAGAAGGAGCGGCUUUAUUGGGUAUCGGUUUGGGAAGUUGUAAAACCCUCAUUAGCUUGACAUUAAAUUUAAAGAGAAAUAAUAUUUGCAAUGAAGGUGCUUAAAAUUUGAUUAAUGGUUUAUCUAAUUGCUAAAACCUUAAAAGCUUAACUCUUAUUUUGAUGGAAAAUAAUAUUUCAGGUUCAGAAGAAUUUAACAUAGGCUAAGGACUAAGAAAACUAAAAAAGUUAUUGGAUUUAACAUUAUUGCUAAAAAGUAAUAAAAUAGGAAACAAAGGAUCAACUGAUUUAGCUGAAGAAUUAGCAAAUUUUUAGCACCUUUAGCAUUUAAACCUUUAAUUACAAGAAAACAAUAUAAAUAACCAAGGGUUAUCUAGAUUAGGAUUUGCAUUGAAGUUAUGUUAAGAUUUAAAAACCUUAAACUUAGAUUUAUCCAAUAAUGAUAAUAUUGAUGAAUCAGGUUCUAUUGAUUUGGUUUAUGGAAUUAGAAACUGUUCUAAUAUUUAAUAUUUGGCUCUGAUAUUAUCAAAAAAUAAAAUAGGAGCAGUAGAAAAAAAGCUUUUAAAUAAAAAAUUUGAUAAAAUGACAAGAUUAGUAAAAAAAGAAUUAAAACUAUGA